CUCCCGGGCUCGCACUUCCGGCGUCUGCGGGGGAGGCGGGCCCGCUGCGGACAUGCGGCUGUCUCUCUCCUCCGCCAUCUCGCACGGCCGCGUCUUCCGCCGCCUGGGCCUCGGACCCGAGUCCCGCAUCCACCUGCUGCGGAACUUGCUCACCGGGCUGGUGCGACACGAGCGCAUCGAGGCGUCAUGGGCGCGCGUGGACGAGAUGCGCGGCUACGCCGAGAAGCUCAUCGACUAUGGGAAACUGGGAGACACCAACGAACGAGCCAUGCGCAUGGCUGACUUCUGGCUCACGGAGAAGGACUUGAUCCCAAAGCUGUUUAAAGUACUGGCACCGCGGUUCCAAGGUCAGAAUGGGGGCUACACGAGAAUGCUGCAGAUCCCAAAUCGGAGCGAGCAGGAUCGGGCCAAGAUGGCUGUGAUCGAGUAUAAAGGGAACUGCCUGCCCCCGCUGCCUCUGCCUCGCCGAGACAGCAACCUCACACUCCUCAACCAGCUGCUGCAGGGACUGCAGGAGGACCUGAGGCGGACCCAGGCAACCAGCGCUGGCAGCUUCCACACAACACCCACGCGGGGGGCUUAGCUAGAGCUGAUGGGCCUGGAGCUCUCCCAGCGUCCAUAAUGACAGGCCUCCAUAGCUCUUCCCUGUCUGAGGAGCCCUGCCGUGAGAACUGUGAAAUGGAUGGUCUUAACGGGGUCCUGAAUCUUCUGGGAAGCCAAAUGGCCCUUGAUUUGCAUCAUAGAUAAAAUUCCUUACAUUAAUA